CACACUGUUCAUCAUACAGACAUACACAUUCUUUUAAAUACACUUUACAAACUUAUACACAAACAAGUUCGUCGAAUGUUAUUUACUCAACUACAAGUGAAUAGUUUAGAACUAAUUCCUUCACUGCACAAUACUAACUCUACUGGUCCAGAUAACUCAGAUAGUCAUAGUAAUAACAAACCAUUACUACAAUAUUCUGAUGGCGUAAAUACAACUUUCACUAUUAUCAAAGGUAUUAUAUACAGUGUAAUUAUCAUGUCAGCAUUAUUUGGCAAUGCCUUAGUAUUUAUUGCAUUUCUACGCUUUACACGUCUAAGACGUGUCCGUACAAAUAUAUUUUUAAUCUCUUUGGCACUAGCUGAUUUUAUUGUAGCCCUGCUGGUAAUGCCAUUCAAUGCAAUUAUGUCAUUGUCAAAUCAUAAAUGGAUCUUCGGCAAGUUAUUCUGUGAUAUAUACAAUGCCACGGAUGUUCUUUUCAGUACAGCAAGUAUCCUACACUUGUGCUGUAUAUCAACAGAUCGUUAUAUUGCUAUCAUUCAUCCACUGAAUUAUGAGAUCAAAAUGUCUAAAAAACGGAUCAGUAUUCUAUUGUGUUUAACAUGGACUCUAUCAUUUUUUAUAUCUUUUAUACCUAUCCUACUUGGUUGGCAUAAACCCUUUGCAAAAUUACCUCAAUUCAUGACACCACCACCAUCACAUGGAAUGAAGCAAGAGUAUGCUGGCAGCACUAAUGAUGUUGUAGAUGAUCCAUUCACGUGCGAUUUUAAUGUAAAUCCUUAUUAUGCUACAAUAUCAUCAUCAAUCUCCUUCUGGAUCCCGUCUGUAAUUAUGGUUGUUGUUUAUAUACGUAUAUUUAUUGAGGCUAGAAGACAGGAGAGAAAGAUUGCACGACUACAAAUCAACUAUCAUCAAUUUGAUAACAAUGAUAAUAAUAAUAAUAACAAUAUAAAGCAGCCACAAACACCCUCCUCAAUUAAACCAUUAAAUUUUCUGAAUAAAAAGUGUCGCUCAACAGAUAAACUAUGUACAAAUUAUACAGCAGUAAGUAAACGACUCACAAACUCAUCUUUUUGCUCUAAUAAUAAUAAUAAUAAUCAUAGUAGUAGUACACCAUGCAUACAGAUCACAGAUGAACGAUACAAAGCUCAGAUAAAAAUUAAACAUGAGAGUAAAGCAGCACGUACAUUAGGUGUAGUUAUGGGUGCUUUUCUACUCUGCUGGUUGCCAUUUUUCCUAUGGUAUACUAUUACUAAUCUAUGUAAAUGUCCUUAUCCAAGUGUAUUACAAGAAAUUCUCUUUUGGAUUGGUUAUCUAAAUUCAACUAUCAAUCCAAUAAUUUAUGCAUUUUAUAAUCGAACAUUUCGUAAUGCAUUUAUUAAAAUUAUAGAAUGUCAAAAACCCACUACAUCAAGUGAUGAUCCACAACAACAAAUGGAUAGUUAUCGUUCACCAGUUACACGGAGAAAUAAAAUGGAUGCAUUGGCGGAUGGAAGAUAUGCAAGUGUUAGGAUUGAAGAUAGUAAUCGGUCUACAAAUGUUCCGUACUUUACUGAAAAUAAAAGCAUAGAUUAUGAAGAUAAUAUUUGA